ACGCAAGUCGAAUUUCAUGCAGUUUCGUGGUGGAUACUUAACACUGACUAGUUUGAUAUGUUUUUAAAUAAGUCAAAAACUUAAAAAAAUUAUCAUUUACAUUAUUUUGGUCUUUCAAACAAGCAGGUGUACUUGUAUAUUUACAAAAAGCUCCAUCAAUUCGGGAAGUCUUCAUUUUUAAAUGAGAAACUGCCGAUUAGUUAAUGCAUCAAAUCGUGAGCUUAUACAAAUUUACUAAAUUAAUCGGCAGUCCACCCCUUUACAACAAAAUGUUAUCUGUUUAUGGAACAUUGAUUUGCAAAGAUGAGCACAUCUUAUGACACUGUAAUGUACUGUAAAUAGAGCAAGGCCAAUUCAUAUGAAGACGCACCGUUGGUUGGAAAAGCCACUGCAACUCAAGCUCGGUGCAAUGGCGGAAGAUACGAAAGUUCCGAAACUGAGGAGACAGAUCGGUCGGUGUCGGGUACUUGUUGCCGGACUUCUUCUUCUACUGGUCGCUAUGGCAAUUGCAUUCGGGGUUGUGGUUAUUCGAUUGCAAUCAAACAUCAAAGAAUUGCCAGGCACAUGCCCCGAAUCACCCAUCAACAAAAUCAACCUUGACCCUCCCGCAAAACUUCCACCAUUCCACGAUCUCUCAGCGGACGAGAUCAAGCAAGUGAAGGAAUUCCUGUACCGUCAAGAGGACCUCAAAAUCGUUCGGCCUUCCGCGAUUGCACUCAAUACAAGCUACAUUUACACAAUGGAAUUGAAUAUUCCAAACAAGAUGACAACGCUGGACUUCCUUGACAACAAUAAAUCUCAACCGCGCCGAGAGGCCAAAGUGUUCAUUUUCCGAGGCGACACGUCGGUUCCUUCGUGUGAGGAGUACAUAGUAGGGCCAUUACCUAACCCAGUUUACAAGGAGGACGCAAAGACACGCCCAUUCCAAUAUCGCCCACUUACAGGACCGGAACUGGUUACCGCUAUCAAGAUGCUAGAGGAGACGAUAAACUUAAAAGCCAGUCGCAUUAUAAGCGAAAGCUACGGCGGACAGCUUAGUGGUGAUUGCAAAGAUAACUGUUUAAGCUUUGGCUUGCUCACUCCGAUGUCUUCUGUGGUCUCUGGUCAAUCAGGCUCGAGAAAAAUGUGGUUCUUUCUAACGCCUGUCGUUGAAUUUUCGUCCGUGCAACCUCUCGAUUUUUUAGUUCUUCUGGACUUGACGAAUAUAGGCAAUUACUACAUUGACCGUAUUUAUCAUGCCGGUAAAUCGUUUCGCGAUCUUGACGAACUGGUAAGGAAGUACGACUCUGGGUCAUUUGUCAAAACGCGAUUACAGUACCCAGUUGUAAGUAAAGAACUGUACUCGACACUUAAUCGACGCGGGACCCUUUUUCCCACUACACCAUUAAGUCCACCGUUGCAAUAUGAGCCUGAUGGCAAGCGCUAUUCAAUAGCGGGGAGACAUAUAGACUACAUGGGUUGGAGUUUUGAUGUCCGAAUGGCAAUUACUUCAGGUCCCCAACUUUGGGACGUGCGCUUCCAAGGUCGUCGUAUCGUAUACGAGCUCAGCUUACAAGAAAUAGCCGUGUAUUAUUCUGCAAAUAAUCCUGCAGUGCGGUUUGCAGAUUACGUGGACAGCAUAGAUUUGCUAGGCUUGAAAGCACGGUCGUUAGUGUCCGGAGCCGAUUGUCCGCGUCAUUCAACGUACAUCAGUGCAUCACAUUCGAUAGAAAGCAUGGAGGAACCGUUUGUUGUGGAUAGGGCGUUCUGUGUCUUCGAACACAACACAGGCACGCCAUUACGUCGUCAUCUAACAAGCUUCGGUACAACUUACAAGGUGUACGAAGGAAUGGAAGAUGUUGUCCUUGUUGUGAGAACAAUAAAUACAAUUGUCAACUACGAUUACAUUUUUGACUUCGUUUUUCACCAGAAUGGCGCCCUGGAGGUUAAAGCUACUUCUACGGGCUACAUAUUGACGUCAUUUGCCUUUCCCGAAGAGGAGGACUAUGGGUUUCGACUAAAAGAUAACGUGACUGGAAACAUUCACCACCACAUGUUCCAUUUCAAGGUUGAUAUGGACAUAAACGGUCAGGAAAACAGGUUUGAAACCAUAGAGAUCACGCCAGUGGAUGUUGACAAUACACAAUGGUCGACCGGGACAAAUUCAAAAUAUUCGCAGACGAAAAUUGUUAGAAAACAAAUGAAGCGCGAGUCAGAGGCUGUGAUAGACUAUGAUUUCUCAUCCCCAAAAUACUUGACUUUCUAUAAUAAGAACGUAACCACGACUACAAUGGUACCAAGAGCUUACCGCCUCUAUGUGCAAGGCAUGUCGAAACAGACAAUAAGGCGCGGCAGCGGCAACGAGCCUUCCAUUUCCUGGGCCCGGCACCAACUGGCGGUCACCAAACGCAAGGAGGACGAGCCGAGAAGCAGCUCCAUCUACGCCUGCUGGGACGCAGCGAAGCCCGUCGUGAACUUUCAGAGUUUUCUGGAUGACAACGAAGAGCUUACGGAUCAAGACCAGGUUGCUUGGGUAACCAUGGGGAUCCACCACAUUCCCCACAUGGAGGACCUACCCGUGACCCCCACAGUCGGCCUUGACCUCAAAUUCUUCCUUCUACCCUACAACUACUUCGAUGAGGAUCCGGCCAUGGGGUCUGGGGAUGCAGUGAGGAUUGAACCAAAGAACCAAAUGUCUUUAAGUGAGGGCUUGAAUAUUUUCCUGUACGGAAAGAAAGAAAAUCCAGUUUGUUUUCCAAGAAAGUCCACAUUUAUGGAUGACCUGAACAAAUCACCAGAAAGUAUAUUUGAUCAGCCAAACGACGACACAUCUUAUAAAAUUUAGUUCCGUUUGAAAUGUAUAUACCCAAUACCUCAUAUACCGGUGGCUGUAUAUAGGAUUGUGAUUUCAUACUUAAGUGUGUUAAAUGAGUGAUUUAAUUUGAAAAGUAAUUUUACUAAUUUAUGACCGCUUGGCGAGUUUGCAUCCGAUUGAGUUUAUUGCUCCAAACGGAUGUGAAGUCAUUGCAUGUUGUAGACGUCAUUUCCACCAGAACAUACUACAAACCCCCGGUAGUCAGUCAAUAGCCAAUCAAGGCAUUUAUUGUCAAUUGAAUGCCAUACCAUUUUUAUUUUAUACAUGUGUAUGAAAAUUAAUUUCCAGUGGGAGUCAUAUUCUUAAUCGUUGUUUUAUGCUCAUUCUGACGUUAAAAGAAAGCGAUAUCAUCAGAGAUCGGAAGCACAUGUUACAUUGUAGACGCAUGCAAUAGUGGUAUUACGUAUCUGCAUAUAUUGAGCACAGAUACGAUUGCCUAGUGCCUUGAUGGGAAUGGAACGCAGUAUUUUUAUGUGAUUAUGCAUUUCCGUGUUGAUAAUAUGUGACCUUGCGUUGUUUUGGUUUAAAAACAACAUAAAAUAAAUUAAAUCUUGAGACAUUGCUUAAUUAAAGGCUAUUAGUUAUAAUAUCAAAACACUAUUCAAGGGAAGUUAAUUCAUGCAUUUUUACUAGAACGUCAUUAACCCAUCAAUGCCUAGCGUCUAGAAAAAGACCUAGGCAAACAGCGUAGACCCAGAUGAGGCCCUCAUCAGGUUCUGCGCUGUUUGCUUAAAGGAAUUUCUGUAAGAAAUAUUCUAAAUAUAGAAAUAAAUAUACUAGACAUC